GAAAAUCAGUAACAUUUACCACAUAUAUAAUUUUCCUCAAAAUUAUUAUAGAUUUUAUUUUUAUCGAAAAUGAAAUUUAUUCUGUACUUUAUGGCUGUAAUUGUACUGGGCACCAGUAGUCAGUCUAGUUUAGUGGGGUGGAUUUUAGGCAGGGAUAGCUCUCCUUUUAAUAUAUUGAAUAGUGAAAAACAAUUUGACAAACUUAUGACUGCAACAAAUGAAGAACAUAAGAUAGAAGCAUAUGACCCAAAUGAGAAUGCCAUGGAAGCGAAAUCUGAUAUUCCAUUUGAGCUUAGUGUGGCAGAUGAGAAGUUCAUUGCAGAUGCACAAAAAUACACUGAUCUAAGUCUAAGUGAGCUGGAUGUCUGCCAACAUAAAUUGAUCCUCCAACUGAAACAAGACUGUAAUGAUCUAUCAGAGGAGGAUCUAUCGAAGUUGGGAGUUAACCUUCUGAACUGCCAGUCAAGGCUCGAAGGAAGAAAGGUCUUUCCAUGCACAUCUUUAAUGUCCUUGAAAGAAUGCACUAGUGAAAUGGACUCUGACACAUGGAAUGCAUACCAUAUUCUUUCAAAUAGAGCAAGAUCAGUUUGCUAUGGAGCCAGGCAACAACAAUUCCGAGCCUUGACUCAAAUGACAGUCAACAAACUUAUGGCUAGUUCGAGCCAACAGUUGGGAUUUAUCAGAGAACUCAAGGCUGAGCAAGAGGAACUAGGAUCAUUGGCUGCAGAUACUUUGACAUCUUUAACCAAAGGUCAAGAGCAGCUAUUGGAGCAGCAAGAGCACCUAAAAGCCACCCAGCAGAUAGCUUCACAACAGUUAAGCAGCACAAUUAGAGAACUGUCAAGAGAGCGCGCUGCUGCCUAUGCAGGUCAGCGCCAACUUUCCGCCCUAAGUGAUUCGUUAAAAGAAACUUUGGAUCAAGCCGCGCAGUUGGCGAUGGAACAAGAAAACGAACGAAAGGUAGCACAACAACAACUCCUGAAUUCUUUGAUGAAUAUUGAAGGACACGUAGGCGAAGUUUGGAACCAAUUAGAGGAAAGCGUAAAUAAAUUACUAACUCAACAAGAUCAUGCAGCGCAAAUGCAAACAGAAACUAUAGAAACGCUACAGCGACUAAACCAUACUUUUCAGUUUUUGUUGAGCGUAUCCGAGAACAGCCGAGAACAACUGAAUUGGAUUCAAAGCUUGGUUGCUAAUACUGAAAAAAAGGUCGGGAAGCUGUCGACCUGGGUUCUCCACGUCUGCUAUUUCCUCUUGGGCAUGUUGUUGUUAGCAUUCGUACAAGCCCCAUCGUACAUGCGGUGGAUAUUUUUGUUCUUGGUUCCUAUUAAUUUAUCAAUGGACCUUCAGCAAGGUGUUGCAAUGGAUGCUCCGGCCCUCGUAGGCCUUCUUUUUGUCGUUUCUACUGGUUAUCGAGUAUUCUUGUAUUUGAAAUCCCGCUGCAAGCCUAUUCCGCGCUCUGUUGAUAAGCCUCAGGAGAUCCAAUAUCGUUCUUCUACUCCAGAUGCGAAAGAGUUUGCGACGAGCAUUACGGACAAUACGGUGGAAGACCUGCUCGAGGGCUGCACUUUGCUGAAUGACACAUUCGAUGGAGAUCGUAGCAGCACGCCGCUGCCUUCCCCCUCGUUCGAAAUGUUCAUUUCGCAACAGAAACAUAAAAGCGUUCGUUCACUUCUACAAGACAGCAAGCUUGGUGAUACAAGUUUUGGAAGCGCUAUUCAUCGUCGCAGCCCUAGGAGAGCGAACACUUCGAAUUCGUUCAGGGAGCCUUCCCCUACUCGAUCUGUAGCUUCAAACAUCUCGAUCAAUCAGUCGAGAAGUGGUACACCGCGUCGACCGGCUACUCCUCGCCGCAAUUGCUCUGGAACAUGCGUAGACGGCUCUAGUUGCCGUAACGCAUGCAUGAGGGAUUCCGUAUUUUGCUGGCAGCACAAAUGAAUUACUUCUUCAAUAACUUGGAUUCAAUAUGUGUGCUUAUUAAAGCAACGACGAAGGAUGGCACCUGCGGCUCCAAUUCAAGGUAGGGCCCAAUUAUCCUCUCACUUCUUAUGCAUGAGCACGUGUUUUGAGGGAAACGAACGAGUUCUUUUA